UCCCCAAAAAACUCACCGAACCUCAAUUUUACUUCUUCACCUAAACACGCGCCCAACCCCAAACUUAUUCAGAACAAACAUGGCCAACGCAACCAACUCAAAGGGAAAGGAGAAGCCAUUGGUGAGUCCAGAAACACAGGAAUGGGAAAUAUUUUACAAAGCGAAGAUCAUAGUCAUCUCAAGCACCACGAUCGUUGAGAUCAAAGCAACCCCAACCCACAUCAUGGGCUGGUUCGAGGAAGAACUGAUGAAGGCUUGGAGCCACAUAUUUCCGCUCACGCCGGAGAACCGGAGGAAUGUCUAUCUCCCUCUCUCGGAUCCAGCCUAGUUUAACUGGCACAACCCUUGGUGGAACUUCCUAACAUACAAGCCGUCAAGAAAGGAGAGUCAGAUCCUUGGUUGGAGAGGGCUUCCCUCAAGAUCAAGGGAGCUAAUCUUGGGAGACUUAAGCCAACCAGACACUCUAUUGGAGAGAAGAAUGUUUGUGGACAGACCCAUAACAGUCAACAUCAUGGGCUACAUGGAAGGAAGGAAGAUUAUUCAAGUCUUUGCUCCGAUCCAAACUUUCAAUUUGGUAGUCAGUCAAUGGGAAUGCAUGAUUGGAGUGAUGGAACACGUUUUGGUCCUCAGGCAGGGAGAGGGGUUCAAGAAGACUCUUCUGAAGGAAAUGGGAUGGACCAUGAUGGACCAAAUGAGGACUCUUCCUCCAAUUGAUGAGUGCCCCGACCCGAAUCUCCAUUUAUCUAUGAAUAUUAUAUUAUGGAAUUACAAGGGUGCAUUAAACCCCAACUUCCAUCAGUCAGUGGAUAAUAUCAUUAGUUGCCACUCACCUUCAAUAAUGUUCAUCACUGAAACUCGAGUUGGUGGAAAUAAGGCGAAAGAAAUUACCGAUAGACUUUCUUUUGAUGGAGCGGCCCAUGCUGAUACUAUGGGCUAUGCUGGAGGUAUUUGGGCACUUUGGCACACCGAAAUCAUGGAUGUCACCAUUCUUGCAUUUACAGAACAGGAGAUACAUGCAUUCAUUAAGGAACCUGUUACACCGGCACCCUUUGUGGAAGAUCCAGCACUGUUAUAGGGAAUCUAAUGCUUGUGCUAAGGCUUUGGCCAAGAAGGCAGUCUUUAGUCAACUAGGUUUUUGUAUAUUAGACACUCCGCCUGUGGAGAUGUCCCAACUGCUGAUGGAAGACCUUUCUGGUC